GGGGCGGAGCCACUGCCGUCCCAGAAGUCUCCGGGAAGCAGCCGGGCUGCGCGGGAGACUAGUUGGUUCUGGGAAGAUGGCGGCGCUGGAGCCGGGGUGUUAGAGCGAAUGCAGACGGCAGCCUCCUUCCCGGUGGGCGUACAGGCUGGUCCAGAGCUGGUGAUUGUCCUCCCUGUAUGACCUUGGCAGCUGGGCGCCAUGGACCUGGCUUACAUCUGUGAGUGGGAGAAAUGGCCCAAGAGCACCCACUGCCCUUCGGGUCCCCUGGCCUGCACCUGGUCCUGCCGCAACCUCAUCGCCUUCACCACGGACCUGCGCAGCGAUGACCAGGACCUGACCCGCAUGAUCCACAUCCUGGACACUGAGCAUCCCUGGGACGUGCACUCCAUCCGCUCAGAGCACAGCGAGGCCAUCACCUGCCUGGAGUGGGACCAGUCCGGCUCGCGUCUGCUGUCAGCUGAUGCCGAUGGGCAGAUCAAGUGCUGGAGCAUGGCUGACCACCUGGCCAACAGCUGGGAGAGCCCCGUGGGCAGCGUGGUGGAAGGGGACCCCAUCGUGGCCUUGUCCUGGCUGCACAACGGCGUGAAACUGGCCCUGCACGUGGAAAAGUCUGGUGCCUCCAGCUUCGGGGAAAAGUUCUCCCGCGUCAAGUUCUCACCAUCGCUCACGCUGUUCGGGGGCAAGCCCAUGGAGGGCUGGAUUGCUGUCACGGUCAGCGGCCUGGUCACUGUGUCCCUGCUCAAGCCCAGCGGGCAGGUGCUCACCUCGACUGAGAGCCUGUGCCGGCUGCGCGGCCGCGUGGCUCUGGCCGACAUCGCCUUCACAGGUGGUGGCAACAUCGUGGUGGCCACAGCGGAUGGCAGCAGCGCAUCACCGGUGCAGCUGUACAAGGUGUGCGUGAGUGUGGUCAACGAGAAGUGCCGCAUCGACACCGAGCUCCUGCCCUCGCUCUUCAUGCGCUGCACCACUGAUCUCAGCCGCCGCGACCGGCUGCCCGCCAUCACCCACCUCAAGUUCCUGGCCCGCGACAUGUCAGAGCAGGUGCUGCUGUGUGCAUCCAGCCAGACGAGCAGUGUGGUGGAGUGUUGGUCGCUGCGCAAGGAGGGGCUCCCUGUGAAUAAUAUUUUCCAGCAGCUCUCGCCGGCUGUUGGCGACAAACAGCCCACAAUUCUCAAAUGGCGGAUUCUCUCGGCCACCAAUGACCUGGACCGUGUGUCUGCUGUGGCGCUGCCCAAACUGCCCAUCUCGCUCACCAACACAGACCUGAAGGUGGCCAGUGACACCCAGUUCUACCCUGGCCUCGGGCUGGCCCUGGCCUUCCACGACGGCAGUGUCCACAUCGUGCACCGGCUCUCGCUGCAGACCAUGGCCAUCUUCUACAGCUCCGCCGCCCCGCGCCCCGUGGAUGAGCCGGCUCUCAAGCGUCCCCGGACCACAGGCCCCGCCGUCCACUUCAAGGCCAUGCAACUCUCCUGGACCUCCCUGGCCCUCGUGGGCAUUGACAACCACGGCAGGCUGAGCAUGUUGCGUAUCUCGCCGUCCAUGGGCCACUCACUGGACGUGGGGCUGGCCCUGCGGCACCUGCUCUUCCUGCUGGAGUACUGCAUGGUGACCGGCUACGACUGGUGGGACAUCCUGCUGCACGUGCAGCCCGGCAUGGUGCAGAGCCUGGUGGAGAAGCUGCACGAGGAGUACACGCGCCAGAAGGCCGAGCUGCAGCAGGUCCUGUCCACCCGGAUCCUGGCCAUGAAGGCCUCACUGUGCAAGCUGUCGCCCUGCACGGUGACUCGUGUGUGCGACUACCACGCAAAGCUUUUCCUCAUCGCCAUCAGCUCCACACUCAAGUCACUGCUGCGCCCUCACGUGCUCAACACACCCGACAAAAGUCCUGGCGACCGGCUGACCGAAAUCUGUGCCAAGAUCACAGAUGUUGACAUUGACAAGGUCAUGAUCAACCUCAAGACGGAGGAGUUCGUUCUGGACAUGAACACGCUCCAGGCGCUGCAGCAGCUCCUGCAGUGGGUGGGCGACUUUGUGCUCUACCUGCUGGCCAGUUUGCCCAACCAGGGCUCCCCGCUGCGACCAGGCCACAGCUUCCUGCGGGAUGGCACGUCACUGGGCAUGCUGCGCGAGCUGAUGGUUGUCAUCCGCAUCUGGGGCUUGCUGAAGCCCAGCUGCCUGCCUGUGUACACGGCUACCUCAGACACUCAGGACAGCAUGUCCCUGCUCUUUCGCCUGCUCACCAAGCUCUGGAUCUGCUGCCGUGACGAGGGUCCCACAAGUGAGCCAGACGAGGCGCUGGUGGAUGAGUGCUGCCUGCUGCCCAGCCAGCUGCUCAUCCCCAGCCUAGACUGGCUGCCUGUGAGUGACGGACUGGUCAGCCGCCUGCAGCCCAAGCAGCCCCUGCGCCUGCACUUUGGCAAGGCCCCUGCUCUGCCUGGUGGCUCCACCGGCCUGCAGCUGGAUGGCCUCAUCAGGGCGCCGGGCCAGCCCAAGAUGGACCACCUGCGGAGACUGCACCUGGGCGCCUACCCCACGGAGGCCUGCAAGGCCUGUACCAGGUGCGGUUGCGUCACCAUGCUCAAGUCACCCAAUAAGACCACCGCAGUCAAGCAGUGGGAACAGCGCUGGAUCAAGAACUGCCUGUGUGGGGGGCUCUGGUGGCGCAUGCCCCACAGCUACCCCUGACUGCAUUCUCGCCUGAAAGCCAUGCUGUCCCCUUGCCGGUGACAGAGCAGCCACGUGCUCCAGACCUUCGUUGGGUGUUCUUAGACACCACCACCCUGGAACUAUGCUUUGGGGGCCUUGUCUGCUGCGCCAGCACCCCUGUAACUGACAGGGCCAGUGAGGACAGAGCCUGAAGCCUCAAGUUGGCACCUCAGCCCAGCCGCCGAGGCUUUCUCCCUUGGAGCCUGUUGAUUUACCUGGGAGGAGGACCUGGCCACGUGAUCACCCUGCAAGGUGGUGACUGAGAUAGGCUGGGGCCUGCCCCAGGCAGAACCACGGCAAGUGCUGCCCCAAGGACCCCUAGGUCCCAGUUCAGAGGGUCCAGGAUCUGAGGGCUCUGUGCUUUAGAAUGUGACACACGAACCUGCCAGGCAUCCAGUGGCCACUGUCAAGGACACCAGCUGGGCGUCAGCCUUGGGUCCCCCACCUGUACCUGUCACUGCUGUCUCUGACAUGGGCAGGCCCCAGAAACAUCCCCCUGGGCAGCAGGUGUCUUGUCGGUGUCCUGGGUGCCACCCCCCCACAGCCCCUCCCCCUCCACACGCAUGGGGUUCUGUGCCUGUGUGUGUUGCUCUCCUGCUUGGCCAGCAUUUAUUGAGCACCUCCUGUCUACCAGAUGCAGGUGUCCCAGUGGGGAGCAGUGGACUGGACGUGAGCGGGGGCUGCUUCCUACUGCCUGGGUUCCUGUACACAGGAGGAGUAUCUCUGUCUCUUCUUUCUCUCUGCCUCCCUGCCUUCCUUCCCUCCCCCACCAGGUUUUUGGGAGCUCAGGCUGUGGCCCCCAGGGGUCCUGCCUCGCCAGCAACCAUUCUCACCGAUUAUGUGGCUCCCCAGGGCCCGGGCACAGUGCCUGCCUGUUAAGCGGUAAUUGCUUCUCUUAUUUUCCUUCUGGAGGCUCGAGGGAGGGCAGGCCGGGUAGGCGCCCUGUGGAGGUCAGCAUGCUGCCUGCUGUGUCAGGCUUUCAGGGACUGGCAGCGCUCCAGGGGCCCCAUUACCUGGGCCAGUUGCCCACCUGCCUGUGGCCCCAGCACUCAGGGGUGUCCAUGUCUUGCCAUCUGAGUAGUGCUUUCUGCAGGGACCUUUGGGGUACCCCCCACCCGUGCUGCUGCUGGUGCCCCAGCCCCUUGGAGAAACGGGCCUGAAAUGGCAGCCUCUCUGGUGGAGCGGCACAUGGCCCAGGUUCUUGCAUAUAUUUUCUCAGCCUUUUACCUCAUCUGACCGUAUAUUUUUUAAGCCACUUGCCUUUCUCAAGUCAUUCUAAAGUCUUUAAAGCAGCUACUUGUUUUUAGAAAA